CAAGUUUUAACCAAAGGCAUCUCCCUACCAUUAACAAGCAACAACCCAUCUCUCUUUCCCGCAAAUCUCACAGCCAUGACUCAAACUUCAAUCGCCGGCGCCGGUGAGGGCGAGCCAGUCCCAGCAAAGAAAGGGCGGGGCAGAAAGGCGUUGAAGCAGAAGAGCCCAUCAACGAAUGAGGCCAACAUUUUGGCCGCCGCCGCCAUCUCUCAGCCCUCUCCGCCCGCUGCUGCGCUGCCGCCGGAGGACUCCGCCGAGAAGGAGAACCACGAGAGCCUCUCGCAGCCUCGCUCGGCCAAGAAAACGAAGGCGGCCCGGAAGGCGAAGCAACCCUCGUCUUUUGAGCAAGAGUUGCAAGAAAUGCAAGAGAAGCUUGAGAGGCUGAGGCUCGAGAAGGAGCAGACUGAGGGGCUGUUGAAGGCCCGAGAGGAGGAACUGAAGCUGAAGGAGGAGGAGAUCGAGUCGCGGGGUCGAGAACAGGAGAAGCUUCAGAUGGAGCUCAAGAAGUUGCAGAAGAUGAAGGAGUUCAAACCCACCAUGACAUUCCCUAUGGUUCUAUCUUUGAAUGACCAAGAAAAGAAAGAGAAGAAGACGAAGAAAGGAUGCCCUCAAAUGAAAAGGCCAUCUCCACCUUAUAUCCUAUGGUGCAAAGAUCAAUGGAGUGAGAUCAAGCAAGCGAACCCAGAGGCCGAAUUUAAAGACAUCUCAAACAUUCUGGGAGCAAAAUGGAAGACCGUCACAGCAGAAGAGAAAAAGCCUUAUGAGGAGACGUAUGAAGCAGAGAAGGAAGCUUAUUUGAAGGUUGUUGGGAAUGAGAAGCGCGAGAACGAAGCCAUGAAGCUACUGGAGGAGGAGCAGAAACAGAGAACAGCCAUGGAGUUGCUCGAACAGUAUCUCCAGUUCAAACAGGAAGCCGAGAAAGAGAGCAAGAAAACCAAGAAAGAAAAGGACCCAUUGAAGCCAAAGCAGCCAAUGUCAGCCUUUUUCCUGUUUUCGAGCGAGCGGCGAGCGGCUUUGCUUGCAGAGAAGAAGAAUAUCCUAGAGGUUGCCAAGAUCACAGGGGAGGAAUGGAAGAACAUGAGUGAGAAGCAGAGAAAGCCUUAUGAAGAGAGGGCAAAGCAGAUCAAGGAGAAGUAUACGGAAGAAAUGGAGGCCUAUAAGCAGAAGAAGGAUGAAGAAGCUCUCAAUCUGAAGAAGGAAGAAGAGGAGCGGAUGAAAAUUCAGAAGCAAGAAGCUCUGCAACUGCUCAAGAAGAAAGAGAAGACAGAGAACAUAAUCAAGAAAACCAAAGAGAGCAGGCAGCAGCAGAAGAAGGAGAAGCAGAAGGAAGGGAAGAAGAAUUCUGAUCCCAACAUGCCCAAGAAGCCUGCUUCUUCAUUUCUUCUUUUCAGCAAAGAAGAAAGGAAGAAUUUGAUGGAAGAGCGGCCGGGAAUCAACAACUCUACUGUGAAUGCUCUGAUUUCUGUGAAAUGGAAGGAAUUGGGGGAAGAAGAGAAACAGAUUUGGAAUGGAAAAGCUGCAGAGGCCAUGAAAGCUUACAAGAAGGAACUGCAAGAAUACAACAAAUCUGCAGCAAAGGAGCAGUGAAAAAGCUGUAGUGGAAUGACGGAUGGAUUGAUCAUCGUGGAUGUUCAAUUGGUUUUGUUGAAUAUCUUCUUCUUCUGCCAUUGAUGCUUCUUUUUGCUGUUAAAUUUGAUGUCUUAGAGCGCCCUUAUUAUUA